GGGCCGCGAGCAACCGGAGCGGGCGAGCGGCCCACUCCUCCCUCCUCCUAGGCGGCCGCCUCCUCCCCUCGUCCUCCCGCCCCCACUGCGUGUACGGCGGAGACACCAGGGCUCGCGCUGCCUCUUUCUCCCGCUCGCUGGGCUCCGGUUCCCACUUUCCCCGGCCGCCGCGCUCCCGGGACCCGAGCAGUCUCCGUGCUUAGCCUCGGCGGCCCACGGUGCUCCGAGAUUCUCGCAAAAGCAGCCCCGGGGCAGAGAGUGGGACGCCCCGGUCCCUUCCCCCGCUUGGGUCAGCUUCUGCCCGGCUCGCAGCACCUUCUGGCUCCCGCACAGUCGGCUUGGGAGGACAGGGUGAGAAGGUGAAGUGGAAAGGACCGACAGGGCACGGGGCCAGGCGCACAGCUCACAUUGCCUUUUCAUUGAGCAAAGCCCAAGAUAAUUUUUGUUUUAAAGCUCUGCAACCCCCCUUCCCCUUCUUCCAUUUUCUUUGCGCUUUUUAAAGGAAACUUAUUUUGGGGUGGUUUGCGCUGGGGUAGCUGCUUUGCCCAGUAGUUGCGAAGUGCACUCGACUCGUGAUGGUGUUCCUGUCACUUUGGUUGAUAGCAGCCUCUCUGGUAGAGGUUAGGACGUCAGCUGAUGGACAAGCUGGUACUGAAGAAAUGGUGCAAAUAGAUUUACCAAUAAAGAGAUAUAGAGAGUAUGAGCUGGUGACACCAGUUAGCACAAAUCUGAAAGGACACUAUCUUUCCCAUAUUCUUUCGGCAAAUCACAAAAAGAGGUCACCCAGGGAUGUGUCAUCCAACUCAGAGCAAUUAUUCUUUAACAUCACUGCAUUUGGAAGAGAUUUUCAUCUUCGACUAAAGCCCAACACUCACUUCAUAGCUCCUGGGGCUGUUGUGGAAUGGCACGAGACAUCUUCAAGACCUGGGAAUAUAACUGACCCCGGAAACAGCCAUCAACACGGAAGUGCUUCAGAAAAAACCUGGAGAACAGAGCCUUUGCAGACUAGCUGUGCUUAUGUUGGUGACAUCAUGGACAUUCCAGGAACCUCUGUUGCCAUUAGCAACUGUGAUGGUCUGGCUGGAAUGAUAAGAAGUGAUACUGAAGAGUAUUUCAUUGAGCCCUUGGAAAGGGGGAAGCAGAUGGAGGAAGAAACAGGAAGAAUCCACAUUGUCUAUAAGAGGGCAGCAGUGGAUCUGAUUCCCAGAGGUGUGUCCGAAGACGUCUACUACAGGGAGUCGGAUGUGGAAGGCCUUGAUGAUCUAGGCACAGUUUACAGUAACAUUGGCCAGCAGCUGAAUGAGACAAUGAGGCGCCGCAGACACUCGGGAGAGAAGGAUUACAACAUCGAGGUGCUUCUGGGAGUGGAUGACUCUGUGGUCCGUUUCCAUGGCAAAGAGCAUGUCCAAAACUACCUCCUCACCCUGAUGAACAUUGUAAAUGAAAUCUACCACGAUGAGUCCCUUGGAGUGCAUAUAAAUGUGGUCCUGGUGCGAAUGAUUAUGCUUGGUUAUGCAAAGUCCAUCAGCCUCAUAGAAAGGGGGAACCCAUCCAGGAGCCUGGAGAAUGUGUGCCGCUGGGCUUGCCAACAGCAAAAACCUGAUCCCAACCACGCUGAACACCAUGAUCAUGCCAUAUUCUUAACCAGGCAAGACUUUGGGCCUGCCGGAAUGCAAGGAUACGCUCCAGUCACAGGCAUGUGUCACCCAGUGAGAAGUUGCACCCUGAAUCAUGAAGAUGGGUUUUCAUCUGCUUUUGUUGUAGCCCAUGAAACUGGCCAUGUGUUGGGAAUGGAGCAUGACGGGCAAGGCAACAGGUGUGGGGAUGAGACUGCCAUGGGCAGCGUCAUGGCGCCCCUGGUACAAGCUGCCUUCCAUCGCUACCACUGGUCCAGAUGCAGUGGCCAGGAACUGAAGAGAUAUAUCCAUUCCUAUGACUGUCUCCUUGAUGACCCCUUUGAACAUGAUUGGCCCAAACUCCCAGAACUUCCUGGAAUAAAUUACUCCAUGGAUGAGCAAUGCCGUUUCGAUUUUGGUGUUGGCUACAAAAUGUGCACUGCGUUCCGAACCUUUGACCCAUGCAAACAGCUGUGGUGCAGUCAUCCCGAUAACCCAUAUUUCUGUAAGACUAAGAAAGGGCCUCCACUCGAUGGGACUGAGUGUGCUGCCGGGAAGUGGUGCUAUAAAGGACACUGCAUGUGGAAGAAUGCUAAUCAACAAAAACAAGAUGGCAAUUGGGGGUCGUGGACCAAAUUUGGCUCCUGUUCCAGGACAUGCGGAACUGGUGUUCGUUUUAGAACACGCCAGUGCAAUAAUCCCGCGCCCAUCAAUGGUGGUCAGGAUUGUCCUGGCAUUAAUUUUGAGUACCAGCUUUGUAAUACAGAAGAAUGCCAGAAGCACUUUGAGGACUUCAGGGCCCAGCAGUGCCAACAGCGCAACUCCCACUUUGAAUACCAAAACAGCAAACACCAUUGGCUGCCUCAUGAACAUCCUGACGCCAAGAAAAGAUGCCACCUUUACUGCCAGUCCAAAGAGACCGGAGAUGUUGCUUACAUGAAGCAGCUGGUACAUGACGGAACACGCUGUUCCUACAAAGACCCAUACAGCAUAUGUGUGCGAGGAGAGUGUGUGAAAGUGGGCUGUGAUAAAGAAAUUGGUUCCAACAAGGUUGACGAUAAGUGCGGGGUCUGUGGAGGGGACAAUUCCCACUGUCGAACUGUGAAGGGGACAUUCACCAGAACACCCAGGAAACUUGGGAAGACGAGAGGCGUGUUCGUUUUACCCAAAGGAGCCCGUAAUAUUUCUCUUGCUGAGACAAGAGAAACUAAAAAUGUACUGGCUAUUAAGAACCAAGCCACAGGUCACUACAUCUUAAAUGGCAAAGGGGAGGAAGCCAAGUCACGGACCUUCAUAGAUCUUGGUGUCGAGUGGGAUUACAACAUAGAAGAUGACAUUGAAACUCUCCACACAGAUGGGCCCCUUCAUGACCCUGUUAUUGUUUUGAUCAUACCUCAGGAGAACGACACACGCUCUAGCCUGACGUAUAAGUACAUCAUCCAUGAAGACUCUGUGCCAACCAUCAACAGCAACAAUGUCAUCCAGGAGGAGCUGGAUACCUUCGAGUGGGCACUGAAGAGCUGGUCUCAGUGCUCCAAACCCUGCGGUGGAGGUUUCCAGUACACAAAAUACGGAUGCCGAAGGAAAAGUGACAAUAAGAUGGUGCAUCGCAGCUUCUGUGAGGUCAAUAAGAAGCCGAAACCCAUCAGACGCAUGUGCAACAUUCAGGAAUGCACACACCCUCUCUGGGCAGCAGAAGAAUGGGAGCACUGCAGCAGAAGCUGCGGCAGCUCGGGCUACCAGCUCCGAACCGUGCGCUGUCUCCAGCCACUCCGUGAUGGUACCAACCGCUCUGUGCACAGCAAGUACUGCCUGGGGGAGCGUCCUGAGAGCCGCAGGCCCUGCAACAGAGUGCCGUGCCCAGCCCAGUGGAAAACAGGGCCCUGGAAUGAGUGUUCAGUGACCUGCGGAGAGGGGACAGAGGUGAGACAGGUUCUCUGUAGGACUGGAGACCACUGUGAUGGUGAAAAGCCCGAGUCCAUCAGACCCUGUCAGCUGCCUCCCUGUAAUGAUGAGCCAUGUUUGGGCGACAAGUCCAUAUUCUGUCAAAUGGAGGUUCUCGCACGGUACUGCUCCAUACCAGGGUAUAAUAAGUUAUGUUGUGAGUCAUGUAGCAAGCGCAGUGGCACCCUGCCACCACCAUACCUUCAAGAAGCUGCUGAAAUCCAUAGUGAUGCUAUCUUUGGUCCUAGUGACCUCCCUAGGUCUCUAGUGAUGCCUACACCGUUUCUUCCUUACUACUCAGGAACUCGUGCUGAGAAGAAAUCCUUGGGUAGCACAUCUUACAUGGCAAAUACAAAUGCAUAUGCUGCUUUCAGAGCCAGCAGCCAACCUAGCGCUAACUUCCUCCAGGAGAAAAUCCAGCAGGCUGGAAUAAAGAUGCUGGCCUCAGUACCACCACCCUCAUCUAUAAAGACUGAUCACAUCCAUUCUGCCUCACCCGUGGCUGCUGCCCCCUCCCCUGUUGCCAGUGAUUCAAUAGGUGCUUCAACCCAAACCAGAACCCCAAAGAAAGAUGGAAAGAAUAUUAGCAAGAGACAUCCAGUGAGGUCAGUGACCUCAGAGAGAUGAGAAAGUGGACCCAUGGGGCUGGAGAUGAAAGGGAAACCCUGGGGCAGCCACCCUCCCUGCAUGGUGCAUACAGCUUGAUAAAAAGCAGGACCCUCCACACCAGGUUUACUCUUGCCCUCUGUAAAUGGAAGGACAAGAAGUGCUGGUUCACUUUGUAGUUGCUUCCAUCUCCUGUUCUGUGUCGACUCGUUCACCAGAAUCCAUUGGAAGGAAGCGCCAAAGACUGCUCUUGGAAGCAAAGAGCCCAGCUGCAGUGGCCCCUGCCUAGAAUCCCAGCAUUUGGGAAACUAAGGCAAAAGGAUGGCUGCCAGUCCCGGCCUAGCCUGGAAUGCCUCUCUCCAAAACACAAAAGAAAUGGAAAAUAGUUAAAUGUGUUGCUUGCUCUCAAAGGAAGGAAAGAGCCCGGAGCCGAAAGUGCAUAUCAGCUGAUUACUCGUCUGUCUUUAAAAAGUUACAGUAGAAAAAUAUACAAACAGAUGCCAGUGGUUUAUGCUUCAAGAAAAUUUUGGAAAUAAUUAUUAGACUUGCAUUCCUAUUUAUCUAUAUUAGAAAUACUGUAUGAGCAAAUUUGCAACUGUUGUGUAAAUACUGUACAUUGCAGAAAUCAGUAUUUUAAAAAGAUGUCCUCAAAUGAUUGUUUACUAUCUUACAUUUCUGGAUGCUCUAGGGUGCCUGUCAUUGAGUAUUGCCUUAUGUGACAUUCCAUGAGUUGAUUUCAAAGCAACAUGUUAUGAAGAAGUUGGGAUUGCAGCUACUGUCACUGUAAAGAGGGUUUGCCAUGUGUUAUCUGUUGCCACUGCAGGUGUACAGGUGACCCGUUUUAUCUACUGUCUUCCAUUCUUACAGCAAAGGGAACAGGACCGGUGUCUUGGUGUGUUUGUGCACACAGGGUGCAGUGGAUGAGCUUGUACAAGAAACCCCCACCUUCUUGCCAUCAGAUCAAAGGGCGUCCUUGAGAGUGUGCAUCUCAACGAUGCCCUGUGCUAACAGUUGUGCUUGAUGCACUGUGAUCAUCACAGAAGUGUUGUGUGUGCUCUUUCCUGGCUGAGAAAAGUUUCAUCAGGCUGGAACUGACACUUGAGUAAUUAGUGCUUUGAAAGCAGGUGCAAGGAUGUGUCUUUGUCAUGGUUGAGAUAUUUAUUUUCUGCAUGGUUCAUAUCUAAAUGUUCACAGCCAUAGUGCACCUGACUGCAGUGCCAUGCUGGUAGUUCUGUCAGAGACCAACGUGCUCACACAAAGCCAGGAAUGCCCUCCGGCAACACCCCCGGGAGUGGAUGUACAGUACUUGUAUAUAGGAUACAGAUCUGAAGAUAUUUAUUUUAAGAGUUGAUUUUUUUCCUUGAUAGUCUUUUUAUGUCUUUAAUAUUGACACUAAUAUCGAUGACAUUUUAGUAAACUAGAGAGACAUAAUUAGAAGUGUGUGCUGUGUUCUGUACUGGAAGGUCAAAUUUAAACUAAGCAUACAACCAACUCAAAGAAUUAAAAGUGAACAGAUUCUUACACAAAAAACAAAUCUGGCAGUACUUGAUGGAAUCCAGGGCCUCACUCAGGCUGAGCAAGCACCCCAUCACUGAACUGUAUCCACAGACCCAUUUUAUAUUCUCAAUGCAGAAGUACCCUAAAUUGCCUGGGCAGGUCUUGAACUUAUGAUCCACCUGCCAUCACCCAAGAAGCUAGGAUUAUAGGUAAUGCUUGUGUUACAUGUUUGCAUUUUUUAAGGAGUUGAUACAGAGUUGGUUAUUUAUUCCCCUUUAAGGACAUAUAAAAUAGUCAGGAAUUCAACUAGCUGUUUAAUGAAAUAUUGAAUUAGGAAUAUUUCUAAACCCAGGCAAGGCAGUGCACACCUGGCAUUCAGCAUUCAAAAGCUGAGGCAAGAGGCUUGCUGUGAGUGUGCAGCCAGUCUGGGCUCUGUAGCAAGACCCUGUCUCAAACAAGACAUAUUUUAAGUAUGUAAUGAGUACUUCCUGAAUUGCACUUAAAGACAAAAGUGUUAUGAGCAUGCUUUUGAAGUCAUUUUGAAACAUGUCUAGAAAUUUCAGACUAAUAUAGAGAUGCAUUAUCCUUUGAAAACACAGACUGAGCAAAGCCUUCUGCAUGGUAACCAUCAUAAAUGAACAGCCUAAGCUAUGACUCGAUACCUCGAAAGUAUUGCUGCUACUCCAUGCAAGAACUUCAAAUGUCAAGUUAGGUAACUUCCUGAUAGUUAACAAUCUUGAGCCUUAACAUGAUCUCUUUCUUGAAAACUUCACCAGAACAAAAUUCUCUCUCGUUUACUUGGGUGUACACACAUCCGGUCCACAGGGAAUCUGAAGACAGUAACACACAUACACCUCCUGUAAGAUGUACAUAUUCCUUCCACUUUUUACCUAUGUGCUUUCUUUUCUACUAAGCUGAAAGUUCCUUUUUAUCAAGGUGUACACUACUGAUGCUGUUUGUUGUAUUGGGAACACAUAGCAAUAAAAAACGUGAAAGAGGA